AUUGUGGUACGCGCCGCUUCCUGUCCCCCUGGGGUCCGGGGAAAAUUUGGAUGGUUGACGCGGUGGCCGUGAUGUUUGGGGCCUCGGCAGGGAACCUCCUCAGGCAGGCCAGAGAAGUACAAGAUGAAGACCUACAGAAAUUCUGCUCCCGCAUUUCCACACUUCUGCAGAAUAAAGAAUACAAUAAAGAGGCUAUUGAUUCCCUACAGAAACUCUUCUUGAUUGUCUCAGCAACAAAGUAUGGCAGAACUCUUUCCAGGGAUGUCCUACAGAAACUCCACAGCACCUUGUGUUUCCUGAAGGCGCCACAGCCAGUCCUUGUUCUAUGCUCUGCCAUUCUGAGAGAGAUCCUGCCAAGCAAUUCUUUGACUUUAUCUUGUGAUGGGGUGAAUGAUAUGAAAACCGUGAGCCUAAUAUCAAGUAUAAUUCUGGCUCAGGGAAGUAUAAAUGGUGAUGUUGAAGCUGUGUGUAAUCGUGUUUUGAAACUGCUAGAAUCUCGCCAAGUUGAGAGUCAAGGUUCACGGUUUCUUCUGCCUAUUUUGUCCAAAGUCCUUGAUGUUGCACCUACAACUCUCAGUGAAGAGCAAGUGAAUGCUGUUAGUAAGAAGCUUGUUGAUUGGCUGCGUUAUGCAAGUACUCUACAAGGUGCCCCUACUUCUUCUGGAGGCUUCUUUAGUCCAAGAUCACGACAGCCUGCUUCCAUUUUAGAGGUGGAUGGAGCGGUGGCAGGUGAUUUCUUCACAUUACUUUCUAUUGGCCAUUAUUACACUGAGGAUCAAUGGCUCAACAUGCACUCUUUCUCCAUGAUCAGAAAGUGGCUGCAAUAUUUUGGAGCAAGUGGAGUCAACAGCAGUGAUGCAGAUGAAAAGUCAGAAUUAGACAGCUCUGUAAUGUCAAUGGUUUCUGCUUCCUCAACAUCCAGUCGUCUGAUGCCCCCUAAAGAACGUCUGCGGGAGAAGACGUUUGAAUAUUGCAAUCGGUUAAUUGAACAGAGUGAUAGAAAAGCUAUAAAGAAGUCUGACUCUGAGCUUCAGAAAGCUUGUCUUAUUGAAGCAGUGACUUUGUUCGACCUGAUCUGUCGACAAGAUCCUUCAUUUGUAUAUCGAGCCUUUCCAGUGGUGAAAGCACUAUAUGGGAGGAUCUGUGCAGACUCUGGUUUUGCCAGAGUGCUGCUUCCAGUUGUUCAGUUCUAUCUAAAUCACAGUGAACUGGCAGCAGUGGACUCUGAAGCUGUUUACAGACACUUAUUCACCAAGAUCCCUUCUGAACUAUACCAUGACUCAAUGGUGGCCUUUGAAUUUCUCCAGUUUUGCAGGAAGAAUAGAAAAACACUGAGUGAAAAUGUUGGAAUUUUCCCCAAGAGCUUUCCAAAUAUGUUCAAGUUCCUAGCAUGGAACACACCAUCCUUGUUCCCCGAGUUCAUUGAAUUGCUGCCCGAACUGAUUCGUCCAGACACGUCACUGGAGAUCCUUCAUUCGCUGCUUGACCUCCCUUGCCUGACUGCAGCACUUGAAGCCCAACUCAGGUCACAGACCUCUGUUGCAGGUGAGAAGAUGAUCGCAGAUCAGAACAGAAAGACCCUGAACUCUGCAGAAGCCUUCCAGAACCUGCAUUACCGAAGCAUGUUUUUGUAUAUUCUCCGGGUCGAGGCGGGAGCUGGGGAUACGAUUGACAGGCUAAACCUACUUCAUGAGGUGCUUUUGGACAUGGCUCAGCAGCCUAGAGUCAUACACUGUGCUCAGACUGUCCCCAUUCUGUUGCAGGUUUUCUUCAAUGUUGUCAUCCAGUUUGCAGAUGGUCCACUGAUUAACCAGCUGGUUCUGGUUAUCCUGGAGCGUAGCAGUCUCCUGUAUGACAUCCCUGACUUCAAAACUGAAGUUCAACGAGUAUUCAGUUCCCAGCUGUUGGUGUUAUGUAAACUAUACCCACCUCUAAUAGUAGAACAGUCCAAAGAGCUGCUGGAAUUUUGUGCAACAGUCAGCAACAUCAUCAAUAAGGAGACCUUCUUCACUCAUGUGGUUUGGGCAAUCGGGGAGUACGUGUCUUUUACGUAUGACAGAUGCUGCACAGUGGAACAAAUCACCAAGUUCUUUGAAACUCUUGAAGCAUUACUUUUUGAGAUCACACAGCUGCGAGCUUCUGCCUUUGUCCCCAAGUACUCACCGCGGGUUAUCACUGUUCUCAUGACUACACUGGCAAAAUUAGCAUCUCGGAGCCAGGACCUGAUUCCAAGGGUCUCUAUGUUCCUGUCCAAGAUGAGGCCAUUUGUUCGUAGUGCUAUGAUUUCCUCCACAUACAGUGAGGAUGAUAUUCAAGAAAUCCUGACCCGUGCCACUGAACUCAAUAAUCUGUUAAAGGCUCCAAAUGUAGCUCAGGUUAUACUGGGAUCCUCUGUGGACAUUGCCAAUCCAAGGUGGUACAAGGAUACCAAUGCUUCACUGCCACUCACCCUGAGGACUAUCAGCAAAGUGCUACAGAGAGAGCCAGCACCAGGAUUCUCUGCGUAGUAUCUUAAAGAUGUGUAGGAUUUGUUUUAAGAAAAAUGUUUACAAAUAUUUUUUCAUUUUCUGAAAUUAGUAAAAGCUGUGUCAAAAAUCAAACGGAUCAAUAGGUGAUCAAUUUUGACUAUAGAUCAUUAACAUUUGACAAAUGGAAGUUGUCCAUUAUCGGCUUAUAGAAUAAAGAAAUAUUUGUAAAUAGUUUGGUACGAUACAACUUGAGUAUUGCUGAAAUAAGUCCUUUCUUCAGAACAGUUCAACUUUGCUUUCUCUCCAUAGAUGCUGCAAGAGCUGCUCUGUUUCUCCAACAGUAUUGCCUCAGCUUACCAGCAUCUGCAAUUCUUUGUUUUAGUAAGUAAUUGGGGAAAUGUAAAAAAUAGCAAUCUGAGUGAGGAGGGGGGAAAAAGAGAAAUCAUUCAUGCCAUAUUGAUCAGGUUAAAUGUGGAUAAUUGAAAGACAAUCAUGGAAAACUUUCAAUUUCCAUGAACAUGAUAAAUCCUACAGGGUAAAAUAACAGUUCCAAAGAAGAAAAAUUGUUAAUCCAUGAAAGUAGUGUUUAUUUGCAUAGAAUUCUUCAGAAAUAGAAACUAUACCAUGAGUGCACAUUCGAAAUACAUUGUAAAGUUCUAUAUAAGCCAUCACACAAAAUAUAUUAUUUGAGCUGUUAUUAACAAAAUACAAGAGGUAAAAGUAAUGUUCUAAUAAAAUAAAAGGACUGGACUUUGAUGUGGCUUGUUUGGAUAAAAACAAAAUUUGUAAGCAGUCCCUUCUAUGUGUGCCCCACAAUAACAAGGUUUUGUUCAGGAAAUUACUCUUACAGACCAUGUCACUUAGUGAUGGAAUGUAGCUUGAUGUUCAAAAUAUAAAUUUUUAUUUUUAAAUUGUCA